GAAGGAGGAGAAGAAAAUGAAGGAACGAAUGAAAAGACAACAGUUGGAGGAGAAGUACAACUCGAUUAAAGAACUUCCCGAUGACUUCAGACCUCCGGGUAAGUCGUGUUUCUAUGACUGCAUUUACGAAUGGUUUGACUGGUUCACAGACGUUCACCCGAAGAAGACGCCAUACUUUCCUCAACCGGGCGACGAAGUGGUGUACUUUCGGUCGGGACACCAGCACUACAUCGACAAAGUGCGCGAAAACAAGAUCUACACCAUUAGUCCCACUAUAAAGCCAUUCAAACAGAGGGCCUCUCAGAGGGAUGAGGUGUUCGCCAGAAUAGAGGACAUUAAAUACGAUGUGAAACCCCCGCGACUCGUGACCCUUAAGCUGGUUGUGCUCGACAUCGAGACCUUUGAGCCAACGAAUGCCCACUUCAUGGUCCGCUACCACGACGUGGAGAAUGUGGUGGACUUCAUAGUGUUGAGACAGUUGUACGACCUGUCGGUGGAGCGGAACUGGCAGGUGGGCGACGAGUUCAGGUCUAUCAUAGACGACAACUGGUGGUUCGGGUGCAUAACGUGCCUCAAAGAGAGCCAACCCUUCACUCAAUUCCAGUGUUUCGACGUGUUGUGGGCUAACGGCGACACAGAGUCCCUGAGUCCGUGGGAUUUGGAGCCCAUUAAUCACGAAACAGUGCCCGACGAUAGGACACAGAGUGCGCUCAUCACCGACGAGGAGAAGCGGUUGUUUAACUUCUUCAACGACGAGGAUUGGCCCGAAUGUGGCCAAGAAGUGGAGUGUCAGCGGAUACUAACUGGUUUUCUCAAAAUAAUGGAGUCAUCGCAUGCCGAAGACUUCUUAGUGCCGGUCGAUCUCAAUCAGCAUCCGGUACAGAGGCUGGAGAACAACUUCUACCGACGAGUGGACGCCAUUAAACACGACACGACGUUCAUAGAGUCCAAUGCGGGUCAGUUCAAUGAGCCGGGCAGUGAUAUCGUUAAGAAAGCCAAACUGAUCGCCGCUUUGAUCAUACGAUUCAUCGACGCGCGCGAUUGCGACGAUCCGAUGCCCAUCUACUUGGAUCUGAUCGCCAAUUGUGAUCAAUUUGAAGAACCCGUGCCCUCAGAGCACGAGGACAGCGCUGAGGAGGACGACAGGACCUCCGGUCAAGAGAUGCGCCGUUCACUCAGACAUAAGCGACGGCGUUUGAAUUCUGAUGAGAGCGCCGCCUCCGAAGAGAUGUCUUCAAGACGUCACAAACGACUGAAAACGUCGGGCGCCGACCAAUCAUACCGUCCCCGCACGUGGAAACAGAAUUGUCUCGAAUUAUUGAAUUACAUUCUCGAACGCGAAGACUCAUCACCAUUCCGGUCACCCGUGGAUCCAAUCCAAUACCCGGACUACUCGCAGGUGAUCGACACACCCAUGGAUUUGACGACAGUUAAGGAACAGUUGAUAUCCGAUCUCUACGAGAGUCCCAACGAG